GUGGUACCGGCGGGGAUCACUUCCAUGGACCAUCUGUCUCCCUCGGCUCAACAAAGAAGGAGGACGCAGGAUGGUGUUAGUCCAUGUCGGCUAUCUGGUUCUCCCCGUCUUUGGCUCGGUUAGAAAUAGAGGAGCGCACUUCACCAGGCAUCAACACAGCCAUGCUACCUCCUGCCGGCACUUUCACCUGGGUGCCCCGCAGGCUCCCAUCUCGGUUGAGUUCCCUUUAGGACACAACAGCCAGCCCCCUCAGACGGGCCUGGCCGCCCACCUUCCUGCCGUGCACCAUCCGCCUCUAACUGCCCUGCCCGCGGCACCUCAAUUCCAGGACGUGUCCGGGCCUCCGUUCCUACCUCAGGCCUUACACCAGCAAUACCUCAUCCAGCAGCAGCUCCUAGAGGCGCAGCACCGACGAAUUCUACCGCACUCCAGAAGAUCCCAGGAGCGUAUUCCACUGAACCCCCACCGAAUGCGCUCUGUCUACGAGUACUCUGCUCCCCUACAAGUCCCCCAGCCGAUGACACAGCAGCCAAGGUACCUUGCCGAAGGCACAGACUGGGAUCUCAGUGUAGACGCCGGCCCCCUUCCUCAUCACCCAUACCACCUACAGCAUCUCCCGCAGCACUACCAGCACUACCUGGCCUCCCCUCGAAUGCACCACUUCUCCAGGAACUCGUCUUCUGCACAAGUGGUUGUGCAUGAAAUCAGAAACUACCCGUACCCACAGCUGCACUUGUUGGCGCUGCAAAGUCUUAACCCCUCCAGGCACGCUACUGCAGUGCGAGAAAGCUACGAGGAGCUGCUUCAGCUGGAAGACCGUUUAGGGAGCGUCAGCAGAGGUGCCGUUCAAACCACUAUCGAGAGAUUUACCUUCCCACACAAGUACAAAAAGAGGAAGCCCCUGCAUUUAAAGAUUGGGGAAGAGGAGGAGGAGACGGACGUGGACGAGAAGUGCACCAUCUGUUUAUCCAUGCUUGAGGAUGGGGAGGACGUCAGGAGGUUACCCUGCAUGCACCUCUUCCACCAAGGCUGCGUGGACCAAUGGCUGGCGACCAGCAGGAAGUGUCCCAUCUGUCGAGUUGACAUCGAGACACAGCUGAACGCUGACAGCUGAUGGGAUUACAACCCCCCCUCCUUCUGUUGGUAGUGGUUCCUGCUUUCUUCCAUCCACAACACAACCCCCACCAUACAUCCAUCCCAAAAUUGGGUGCUUUUGCCAAAAUGUCUCCAGACUAUGACGUGACAUCAUCGCUUUACUGAGCCAAACCAGGAAGUAGACAUGCACGAGGACUCUUUUUCAAACACAAAGCACAUCUCUCUGCGAGGGACACACGCACACACACACACACACACACACACACACACACACACACACACACAUGCACAGGGUUUUCUUUGUAGCUUGCUGGUUCUAUAAGUGGUGACCGUGCUGCUGAUGCUGCUGCUGCUGGUGUUGUUGUACUGUAGGCGCCCUUGGGCUGUGUAGCAUGUCCUUAAAGCCAUGACUUAAAUGUCCCGAGCACUCAAUACCCAAGUUGGCGGCUGUCUCCUUCUCUUUCCCUCUCUCCGAAGCCGAACAGAAAAUGCGUGUUUACCUUUAUAUGAUCGUGAGUAGCAGAAACCAGCGCGUGACUUGUGGCGCCUCCUUUGGGGCCCGAGCGCCAUCUGGUUGAGUGUUUUUUUGUUGUUGUUUUUUAAAAAAUAUUCUAUCGUGCAGCUUUGACGUUUUGCAAUACACUCAAGUAGAAUCAGAGGCACCGAGACACAUGUAAAAUCAAGCGAAAUACAGCAACUUUCCAUGGGAAUUAAAAGGAAAUGAGGUAAAGAAGUAAACGUCUAUUCAUAAAGUGCCAAUUUACCUUGAAAGUACUUAGAAUUCAUAGCAGAAAAUAUAGUUAAAAUUAAAAACAUUUACCGGUAGUGCAAAUUAUGGCAAUAUUUUUUUUAUUUUGUUAUUUUUCUGUCAAAUAAAAAAUAUUUUGCAUAACGUCAAAAUAAAGUGUAAAAUAUGUUUUUAUAUAAAUAUAAAGAAAUGAAACAUAUGCACAUUGUAUAAAAUUUGCAGUGCACCUAUUUCCACUCAACAUCCUCGAUUAAAUCAACCUUCAAUAUUUGUUUUAUAUUUUUGUUCAAUAAAACGAGAAAGGUAUUUUCUUAAAAAUCUAAAAAAAAGAAAAUCGAAGUAUUUAUUACAUAAAAUAUAUUAAUCACCAAAACAUUUAAAAUAUUUAAUGUAAAUUUAGGCAAUAUUCUAUAUUCAAUAAUAAUCAAAUGAAAAUAAAAAUGAUUUAAAUGUCAAAAUGCAGUAUAUAAAAUGUAUUAAAACACAUAUUAAAAUAAAAUGCAUGCACAUUGUAUACAAUUUGUUAAUCAAAAAUUUCAACUUUACUUACUUUUACAUUUAUUGAAUUACCAUGUAUGUAUGUAUGUAUGUAUGUAUGUAUGUAUGUAUGUAUGUAUAUUAGGGGUGGGAAAAUAAGAUUUUUAGAUGCUUUACAAUUCGGACAUUGCCGAUUAGUAAAUGUUAAUCGAUAAUUGCUUUAUUUAUUGUAAAUAAAGUAAUGCAGACAGUUCUAAAAUUUGCAUGGUUGCAGCGAGCCACCUCAUCGAGAGAUUCGACCAGCUCCUUUAUUAUGUUGCAGUUUUGCACACAUUUCCACGAAUUUAAUAAAUUGGAUGGGCAUUUCUUAUCACAAAUGUACUGUUUUUGAAAGUUGCAAGUGAAAUGAAAAGUGUAAAACUGCAUGAAUAUACAUAUAUUAAAGAUGCAUUAAUAUUCUAUUCUUGAUCGUAUCUUAGCUCCCAAAGAUUCCCAUCUCUAAUAUAUACUUUAUGU